AUGUUUGAAGCUAAAGUAGCCAGCGCUGUCAUUUUGAAGAAGAUUAUUGACUCAAUCAGAGACCUUGUAUCUGAUGUGAACCUUGACAUUACUUCUGAAGGAAUAGGAUUACAAGCCAUGGACUCUUCCCAUGUUGCAUUAGUUUCCUUAACUCUACAUCAGAAGGGAUUCUCGGAAUAUAAUCUUGAAAAACCAGUAACUAUUGGUAUUUCGGUCUCAAAUCUAGCAAAAGUGAUGAAGUUGGCAAGUAAUGAUGAUGAGAUUACCCUUGGCCUUGCUGAAGAACCUUCUCAUUUGAAGGUCGUCUUUAUGAACAAGAAGCAAGAAAAGCGUACCCAGUUUGACCUGAAUUUGCUUACCUUGGAUUCUGAGCAUCUAGGAAUCCCUGAUACUAACUAUACUAGUGAGAUUAUGAUGAACUCCUUUGAGUUUUCAAAGUUGAUCAAAGAACUUAACACACUUUGUGACACUGUAACCAUCGAAACUACUAUUGAGUACGUACGUUUCUCCCUCGAAAGUGAUGUUGGAAUCGGAAACAUUCAGAUCCAAACAAGUGAGCCAGCUGAGAAGAAAGAAGAUGCAGCAGAUGAUCCAAAAGAAGAUACUCCUGUGAUUCAAAGCUUUGCUUUGAAAUACCUCAACAUGUUCAACAAAGCAUCAUGCUUAUCUAACUCAGUUAAACUUAUGAUGGCUGCAGAGACUCCACUUGUUGUAGAGUUUGAAAUUGAAGAUAUUGGUGAACUAAAGUACUACCUUGCACCGAAGAUCAACAAUGAUGCUCCUCAGUAAUUACAUUUUCUUUAAUUUCUUAUAAGUUCUUUUAAAA